ACCCAGGGGUGUCGGAGCCAGAGUGCGUCAUUGCCGUCACAGCGCUAUCCAGGGGGAAUCCCACAUCCUCGCGCUAAGCAGAAGCAGCUUUUAUUUACGAGCGGGUCGUCUCCGCACUGCAGGCGCUGGGUGAUCGCUGUUUGCUGCUCAAAUAUUCCUUUCGAAGUUUUAAACAAAGUACUGAAGUAUAAAUUGCAUUCCUAUAACGCUACUUAUAACACCACUUAAAAUGACAUUAAUGUAACAUAACCUUCUUCCCUGCAUCUAUGCAUGCAGGUAUGUAUUAGAGGACAACACGGACACCAUGAUGGCUAUGGAGCUGGACGGCCCCGCUGCGGAGGUCACCCAGCCGUACUCACGCUCCCCCAGGCUGACGAAGAGGAUUAUCGCAGCAGGAGGCAAACAGGCCAAGGAGGUUCUGUCCAGACGCCUGCAGGAACUAACGGAGGAGCAAGCGAAAGCGCAAGCCCACCUACAGUCCCUGAAGAAGAGGAACGCGGACCUCAUGAGCAGCGCCGAGGCCAUGAAGCUGCAGGUGGGCGAGCAGUUCGACGGCAUGCGGCGCGCCCUGCUGGCCGACGAGAGAGCGGCGCUGGAGGCGGUGGAGCAGGAGCGGCAGGAGGCCGGCACGCGCCUCGACGAGCUCCAGCGCGCCUGGAAGCGCCACCUGGGCCAGGUCCAGAAGGACAUCGGCAGCACGCGUCAGGCCUUGGAGAAAAGCGAGGCCGCGCAGGACUGCUCUUGGGACUUAAGCUGUCCUAAGAAGUCUGUCGCUGAGGAGGACAUUAAGAUGAACAAUGAUAAAUUUCAAAAACUCAUCAAGAUACUGGGCAAUAUUUUAGACAAUCUAAAGGCAGACCUGCAUCGAAAGACCUUUCUGCUGGACUCUCUAACAGUCCAGGUCGACAAGCAGACCUGCCACAAGCAAAUCCUUGUGGGAGCAGCCGGAAGGAGGCUGUGCUUUUCCACCGAAGCGAGGCCUGUCCUGGAGCUCCCCCUGCAGUUUGAAAAGGUGUACUGCGCCCUCGGCACCCCCGGGGUGUCCGCGGGGAGGCGCUACUGGGAGGUGGACGUGCGCUGCUGUCCGGCAUGGGCGGUGGGCGCAACCUACAAGAACAUCGAGCGCAAGGGCCAGGAGAAAGCCGCCAAGCUGGGCCGGAACGGGCACUCCUGGUGUGUGGAGCUCCGCGAGGGCAGCCUGUCGGCCUGGCACGGCGACCGCCGCGUGGUGUGCCGGGGGGGCGGCGUGGAGCCCCCGCAGCGGGUGGGCGUGCUCGUGGAUCACACGAAGGGCCGCCUGGCCUUCUACGACGCCCGUACCGUGCGGCUCCUGCACGAAUUCUCCGCCGCCCUCGCGCCCGUGUGCGACAGGCUGCAGCCCCAGUUCUCCGAGCCGCUGUUCCCCGCGUUCCGCUUCUUUAAGGCCGACAGCAGCCAGCCGGGCCCAAACUACAUGGAGGUCUGCCAUUACGGCCUUUAAACCUUUAGAGAUCCCCAACGGAUCAUACCCACUAUGGAGCUCAGCCUCUAUGACGCCUACCUGUGCAUAUCCACACAGCACCACAGAAUACAGAAGUGCUGUUUUUUAUAAUAAUAUCCUAGCUUAUUGAAAAAACGCGGUUAUAUAAACAUGAAUUUAAAUAUUAUGCUUUAGGAGUCAGACUGACUGUGUGUGUCAAUGUAUUCAGCUGUAAUAACAUGUAGCCUGAUGAAUAAAAGCUACCUGAAGUCGA